UAGACUCUUGGUUUUGCUGAGAAGAGAGAACUAAACUGGUACAGCAGCUCACACACUUUCACUGUAACUAUCACUGUUUCAGUAGCCUACAUUAAUAUACUUAUUCACAGCUAUGGCUCUCGCACUUGACUUAAACAACGAGGUAUUCAGCUCCUUCUUAUUUUACGCGACUCUGCUUCUACUCAAGAUGUACGCAGUGGCAAUCCUAACUGGACAGCUCCGUUUGCGCAGAAAGGCUUUUGCUAACCCGGAGGAUUCGCUGCGUCACGGGGGGUUGAAAUUCUGCCGCGAGGAUGCUGAUGUGGAGCGCUGCAGGAGGGUUCAUCACAAUGAUAUGGAGUGUAUCUACCCUUUCCUGUUCAUCGGGGCCCUGUACUGCAUGCUUGACCCCAGCCCAUCCAUCGCCAGGCUUCACUUCCGCAUCUUCUUCCUGGCUAGACUGGUCCACACUGUGGCUUACCUGUUCGCUCUAAAAGCCCCUACCCGCUCUUUAGCCUACACUGUUGGGCAAAUCCCCUGCUUCUCAAUGGCCUUCAAGAUUGUGGUCAACAUCGCCUCCUACUGGUGAAGAACCCGUAGGAGCACAAUCAUGGUUUCAACCAUUCCAUUCAUGGCAGUCCUUUUUGGGCUAUUUGGUUUUGCUCUGCUGUAGUUUUAAGAUGGAGAGGAGCUAGUCUUGAACUAGCAAGCUUAUUUAAAGUGCAUCCAGGAGAGAGCAAACAGGGCAGGCUGUCCCGCUGAAGUCCAUUUUCAAGACUUCUGAAUUAAACUUCCAUUGGUAGAUUGGUUCUACAGGGUGGUAAUAUACAUAACAAAAGAAUCACAAAGGGAUGUAAUACAUAUCAUAUCAUAUGACAUCAUACCAUCAGAUAGACAGUAUGCUAUCAUUUUAGGACCACUGUUGGUACUGUGUACAAAUUGUGAAGAAAUGCUGUGGUUAGCUAGUGGCCCUGAUUUUAAUGUACUGAAUUCAUUCCAGUUAAAAUGUCCCUGUUUGGGUUCAUUCUACAGUAAAUUAAUAUGUAAAUAAUACUUACAAAAGCCGUGGUGAUUGUCAAUAUCUAUUAAUGCAUUACUGUGUUUUGUAUGUAUGAAUAAUGUUUGAAUGUGUAUUUAAAUAAAUUAAUGUUUUUGCUAA